UUUCUGUUAGCUUCACAAAUAGAAAGUGAGAGAGGAUUGAUUUGCGUCGUAGCGAUUCUCGGAUUAAAAAAGUCGCCGCCGGAGAAUCUGAGCUCUCGCCGAUCGUCUUCCCCCGCCGAAAUUUUUGUGCUUUUCCCGACGAUUCGUUGCGGUCUUAUCCUCUCUCUCUCUCUCCAUCUCUCCAAUUUUGAAUUUUCCGACACUUGUCAAGUGAUAAUUUCUACGGCAAGACACGAGUUUUGCUUAGUUUUCUGGUAAUAAGAAUCAGUUACUGCUUCACCCUCCUUGUAAAGGUUUAGACUUUAAACGAAUAGAGUAGUUUUGAGUGAGAGAACGUUUUGGUAGAAGAGAGGUGUGUAAAAUGGGAGACAUGACUUGGGUUGAAGAGGGCACUAGCCACUUGACUAGCUCAAGGAAAAGGAAAGCUAGAGCUAAGCGUUUCGAGUUCAUAGGAUGGGGUUCAAGACAACUCAUCGAGUUUCUUCACUCUCUCGGCAAAGACACAACCACCAAGAUCUCUAGAUUCGAGGUUAGCGAGGCUAUCUCAAGGUACAUUGCUGAGAACGGUCUCAUAGAUUCCUCAAACAAGAAGAAAGUCGCGUGUGACCAUAGGCUGAUGUCGCUUUUCGGGGCUAAGACGAUACUGAGGAUCAAGGUCUAUGAUCUACUGGAGAAGCAUUACGAGGAGAAUCAGGAUGAUGCGGAUUUUGAUUAUCUGUACGAGGAUGAGGCGCAGAUUGUGAGCCGUUCGGAGAAGGUGGUUAAGAUAAGGAAGGUUGUUGAGAAGAAGCCUAGAGGUAUUUUUGCGAAGAUGGUGAGUGAGAAUGUUAAGAUGGUCUACUUGAGGAAGAGUUUGGUUCAGGAGCUGGUCGAGAAGUCUCAGGAGGCCUUUGAGGGUAAAGUGUUGGGGAGUUUUGUGAGGAUUAGGUCUGACCCUAAUGAUUAUCUUCAGAAGAAUCCUUAUCAGCUUGUUCAGGUCACAGGCGUGAAGAAGGAGCCUGGGACUGAUGGUUUUCUUCUUCAGGUUACUAAUUGUGUAAAAGACGUUUCUAUCUCUAUGCUAUCUGAUGAUGAUUUCUCCAAGGAGGAAUGUGAAGAUUUGCAUCAGAGAAUAAAGAACGGUUCUCUUAAGCAGCCCACAAUUGUGGAGAUGGAAGAAAAGGCUCGAAGUUUACAUGAAGAUCAGACAAAACACUGGCUUGGAAGAGAACUGGCAUCGUUACAAAAGCGUAUUGCUCAAGCCACUGAGAAGGGAUGGCGAAGAGAGCUGUCUGAGUAUCUGGAAAAGAGGGAGCUUCUUCAGACUCCAGAAGAACAGUCCCGGCUACUCCGUGAACUUCCGGAAGUUAUUGGAGAGGAACUUGUACCAAACCCUGAAGCGUCCCCUGAGGCUCAUAAGAGUUGUGACAACGAACAACGAUUGAGCGAAUCUCCAAUAUCAAGCAUCCAAGAAACCCCAGAAGUCCGCAACCUCUUUGGUGGAGACGAUCAGCAGUGUAAUAAUGGUUUUCUGAUGUCAAACACCAUCACAACUCCGGGAAUCACGUCUCAUGCGGUGGACUUGCCAACAUGGACUGCUUCUGCAGGUGAUGAAUCUCUUCAUAGAGAUGUAGAGCAGACAGCAAAUGGCAUCACCGGAGAAGAAGAAACGCCAACUAAAGAGCCUGACGUUUCUCAGCUUCAGUCAAGCACACCAGUAUUAAAUCAUAACAACGGAUCUCAAGCUCAACUGAAUCCAUCAGAGAUAAUAGAGCUUAGCGAUGGUGAUGAAGACGAGAACUGUGGUGAUGGAGAGACUCUAGACCCUACAGUUGAACAUGUUCAGGUUCUGAGCUCUCCUCCUCCCUCCGCUUGCCUAUCUGAAAAGAAAAGGAAAAGGGACAGGCGCACACCAUAUGAUAGAGAGAAGGCAAGCUGGCUAUACAAAGAUCCUCAAGGUGAUAUACAAGGACCUUUCUCUCUCACAGAACUCAAAGCUUGGAACGACGCAGAGUACUUCUACAAAGGCUUCAAGGUUUGGAUGACAGGACAGAGCGUGAGCUCUGCAGUUUUGCUAACCGAUGUUCUUCGUGGAGUUUUUUAGCUAAUGGAAGUACCUGAAGAGAGUGAAGACUAGAUUCAUUGAUCUUUAUUUGUCUUAAGAUUGCAAUAGGUUUUGGUUCUCCAUUUAAGUAAACUGCAAAUAAAAGAAAAACCAUAGUAGCAUUUUUAUGACCUUAAAGUUAAAGAGUCCAUGAGAUGAACAGAUUGCUGUUUUAUCAAACCAUAUUAUUCUGCAGA